AUGGCCGAAAAACCCCAAAUCCAGCUCUUCAUCAAGGCAAGCGAGGACGGGGAGAGCAUAGGGCACUGCCCCUUCUGCCAGCGGCUCUUCAUGGUGCUGCUGCUCAAAGGGGUGCCCUUCACCCUCACCACUGUGGACGUGAAGAGGGCACUGGACGUGCUGAAGGACUUCGCUCCAGGUGCCCAGCUGCCCGUCCUCCUCUACAACGGCGAGCCCAAGACCGACACCAUCACCAUUGAGGAGUUCCUGGAGGACCAGCUGAGCCCCCCCCUGUGCCCCAGUCUGGUCCCACAGUACCCGGAGUCAAGCCUGGCUGGGAAUGACAUUUUCCACAAAUUCUCUGCCUUCAUCAAGAACCCGGUACCUGCCCAGGACGAGGCGCUGCAGCGGAGCCUGCUGCGGGCCUUGCUGAAGCUGGAUGAGUACCUGAGUGCCCCUCUGGAGCACGAGCUGGCCCAGGACCCCCACCUCCGGGUCUCCCAGCGCCAUUUCCUCGAUGGAGACCACCUCACACUGGCUGACUGCAACCUGCUGCCAAAGCUCAACAUUGUUCAGGUUGUGUGCCAGCACUACCGCCGCUUUGGGAUCCCCAAGGACUUGCGGGGCGUGUGGAGGUACCUCAACAGUGCCAGUGAAACCAAGGAGUUCAAAUACACCUGCCCCAAUAGCCAGGAGAUCAUCCAGGCCUAUCGUUCCGUGGUCCGGCCCCAUUCUCCUCUCAGCACUUCCAUCCAGACUGCUGCUGCUCCAAAAUCUUUCCAGAUCCCUCAGACAAAAAUAUCUAUAAGGCGACCCUGACAUUCAGGAUGCUAGUGUGGUGCUGGCCAUGAGAACAAGGGCUGUGUUUCCACACAGAGACAGAGCACCGUGUCCUCCCGGCCUAGCCCCAACAGGGAAGUGACGGGCAGCAGCUCUUCCGCCGAUCUACUGGGACCGGUGAGAAGAAACCACCUGGGUUGAAGCCCUCUCCUGCUGCGGCUGAACUGGGGCACCUCGGGCACUUCAGGUGGGGGUGACGAUCCCAUGAAGGUGGCAGGAACUGCUAGCCCUCCCCUCUUCUAAACCCACC